AUGCUCAUGUUCUCUGCCAAAUUCACCGUCGUUGUGGCAUUCCUAGCCGCUACGUCGUUUGCGGCCCCUGCCUUGCAAGGUCGUCACUCAAUGGACCCGUGCGCCGGUCUCGGAAACUACACGUACUCGACUGCGUCAGGCUUCUCCCUCGCCGCUCUGUACACCGAUGCCACAAACGCUAACAGAACAGGCGUCCCACUUGUUCUUGGGGAUACCGCUGACUCCAGUACAAGUAACGCAAUUCUCGCGACACUCGCGUCUGCUCCCGCAUAUACCUGGCCUGGGCCAGAGAUGUCACUCGUGGACGGCGCGCUCUAUCCCGUCUCCUCCGACCCUGACGUCUCCGCUAGUGGGUCUGCUGUCACCGCUGGAGGCGAACUACGAUUCACCAUAACCCAGCCGUUAUCGGAUCCCAUAGACGGCGCAGAGAUCUACUGUGUUCAGUCUUUCGGAUCUCCCGCGGGAUUCCAGCUCCCAGUGCUCGCUGUCAACGGAGAUACUGGGAGCUUCUCCCUAUGCGCGACUAAUGAAGACGAUACCUCACAGGUUAAUGUUGUAUACCAAGCUGCACCCAGGGACUCCAACUACAAGUACGAUACCUGCUUGCCCGUGCGUCUGCAGGUUGUAUAUUGA